AUGAUCAAUCCAGCUAUACAGAACUACAUAAUUAGUCCAGCUAUACAGAACUACAUGAUCAAUCCAGUUAUACAGAACUACAUAAUUAGUCCAACUAUACAGAACUACAUACUUAAUCCAGCUAUACAGAACUACGUCAUCAAUCGAGCUAUACAGAACUGCAUAAUUAAACCAGCUAUACAGAACUACAUAAUUAGUCCAGCUAUACACAACUACAUAGUUAGUCCAACUAUACAGAACUACAUAAUUAGUCCAACUAUACAGAACUACAUGAUCAAUCCAGCUAUACAGAACUACAUAAUUAGUCCAGCUAUACACAACUACAUAAUUAGUCCAACUAUACAGAACUACAUGAUCAAUCCAGCUAUACAGAACUACAUAAUUAGUCCAGCUAUACACAACUACAUAGUUAGUCCAACUAUACAGAACUACAUAAUUAGUCCAACUAUACAGAACUACAUGAUCAAUCCAACUAUACUGAACUACAUGAUCAAUCCAACUAUACAGAAAUACAUAAUUAGUCCAGCUAUACAGAACUACGUGAUCAAUCCAGCUAUACAGAACUACAUGAUCAAUCCAACUAUACAGAACUACGUGAUCAAUCCAGCUAUACAGAACUACGUGAUCAAUCCAGCUAUACAGAACUACAUAAUUAGUCCAGCUAUACAGAACUACAUAAUCAAUCCAACUAUACAGAACUACAUGAUCAAUCCAGUUAUACAGAACUACGUGAUCAAUCCAGCUAUACAGAACUACAUAAUUAGUCCAGCUAUACAGAACUACAUAAUCAAUCCAACUAUACAGAACUACAUAAUUAGUCCAACUAUACAGAACUAA